CGGAAGCUAGGCUAGCCCUCUCACGAACGGGUCUGGAUUUGGAUUCCACCGUUAUUAUAACCUGCGCAGUGUGCCUGCCAUCUCUCCCAACCCCCAAGAAAACCACACCUACGAACCCUGAAGCCAAUCCAGUCUCCUUUCUGCUCCCUGAAAAACUACUCCGUACUUCUGUUUCGUUUCCCCACGGUUCUGGCUAGCUGGUGCAUGGAUGCCUCGCCCAAAUCUUAAUCGCCCGCGGCGGCCCUGGUGCAUUGCCAUUGCCAUUGCGGUGGCCGUAGUGGUGAUCGUGGUCAUUGUGGUGCCAUGUGCCGUCAUCUUGACCCGAAAGAAGCAUCACGCGAAGCAGACCAACGUGCUGUACCCUUUGUACAUCUACCCUACCAACAGCAGCACCUGGAGUCCCUUGUACAAGGAAAUCACUGAGCGCCCCGAUCUAAAUUUCACGGUGAUCAUCAAUCCCUCAAGUGGACCGGGGAACACCACGUAUCCAGAUGAAGCGUAUAGCACCGAGGUCGAACGCCUCGCGAGCUACGCGAACGUUCGCCGGGUGGGAUAUGUGCGCACUGGAUACGCGACCCGCAACAUCUCCUCGGUGUUAGCCGAUGUAUCAACCUAUGCGGGGUGGGCGAACCAGUCGGCUGGAUUAGCUAUGGAUGGGAUUUUCUUUGAUGAAGCGCCCUACGUUUACUCGGCGGACAAGGUCGAGUAUAUGAACACCAUCAACGCGGUGGUGAAGAAUUCCACGGGGCUGCAAGGGGAACGAAUGGUUAUCCACAAUCCCGGCACCAUUCCGGAUAGUCGCUAUAACGCCAACACAACCGACGUCACUGUGGUAUUUGAGAGUUCGUACGAUGAUUACCACACCCAGAAAGGCAAGCUCAAUGCGCUGGCGUCCGACCGUACCGGCUACAGCUACAUGCUGCAUUCGGUCCCCGAGAUGGGGAACAGUACUCUGCGGAGCCUGGUGGACCAAUUGAGUCUGAAAGCCGAGUACUUGUUCCUGACGACGUUGACGGAAGAUUACUACGAGAGUUUUGACCCAGCGGGGCCCACGAUUAUCGACCUGAUGCCGAGUUAAUCGAUAGAUCCAAGCAAUCACGCACUGAGCAGCGUGUGUGUGAGAGAAUGUGAGUCUGUGAGAGAGCGAAUUGUGUCGAUCGACCCACGAGUAGGCCGGCGGCCCUAGGCGAGCCCCACCACAGCCUUGGGAAGACGAUGAGACGGGAAGCGUCGUCACUAAUGAUGAUUGGCGAGAGAUAUGGUGGACAGGGGGGUAGAAAAGCUUGGAUGCA